GGUCGUUGUAAGGCGAUGCGCAUGUUGGCAAAUUGUGCCGCUCGGUGAAGUCAUGUUCGUGUGCUCGCUCAGCAGUUUUGUUCCGUAGAUACGCAAAUGAAAAUGAAAAUCGACAAUGACAAUAACAACCACAGUAGCCACAUAUGGCAGUCGCCAAUAAAAUAAAAGUAAAAAACCAACUCCAUUGAAAGGAGAGUAACAGACAGACGAGCAUUCAAACAAACCCAACGACUGACCAAGUGACGGGCGAAUGCGCGCAAAUCGACUACUGUGUGGCGAAGUAUCUGUGUAUAGACUUAAGUGGCCGCAUUUGCAAGUCCGCAGAGUACGAAUCUCAAUUCCAGUGGCAAGAUUGUCCGGCACAACGUGACGUGUGGAGGCGAGAACAAAUCAACAGUCACAGCAACAAACACUGGCGGCGACAACGGAUGCGAAUUAUUCCGAUAUAAAAUGUUGUUGCCGACAGCAAAUUCGUACAUAUGUAUAUGUACAUACAUAUAUGUACACAAAUACAUACGUAGCUGUAAAAAUGCAAACAAGCAAAAUAUAAACAAAAAAAAAACGGAAUACGAAAAUUAAAAGAAUUAAAAACUCAAUAAAAAAGUAAUAAAAAAAUUGUAUAAAAUAUGCAGGCACAUGAAGUGGACGUAAAGUAAGAAAGCAAAAAAUACUCCUACAUACACACUACAAAUAAAUAAAUUCGCAGCAACAAUAAGAACAUGCGGAGCAUUGAAAAAGCGGUUAAAUGGGCAAAUAAGAACAAAAAAGCGAACACAAAAAACCAAAAUAAAUUCAAAAAAGUUAUAAGACGAAAAAUACUUUACUAGAUGAUUGCUUGAUAGAUGGUCGUAUUGAAUCACUCAGAUUGCAUAACAAAUUGAAGUGCUUAUUGCGAAUAAAUAAAUGUGUAAUGUGUACAAAUUUAUCACCGUUUUCAAUUUCGUUGCUGAUUUUGUAAUUCAAAACUUUACAAAACAGAAAAAAACAACAACAACAACAAAUAUUUUCGAUUUCAAAUUAAACGCCAACACAGCAACUUCUUAGUUGUGCCAGCAGCAAGCAGUGAACAUUGGCCGGCGCCGCCACGCUGCACCACUUGUGCUAUGCACCGAAUAUACGGGGCAUCCGGGGCAUGCGGGGCGUAUGAGUGGUAGUCUGUAAAUUUAAUCCGUUGAGGUCAUUAUUUUUUAUGCAUCAAUUCUGUGAACUGAUUUAUACGCGUGGAAUGUUUUAAAGCGCCUUGAGCUGCGCAUCAACAGUAUAAGCAACGGACGAAGCGCAUGAGUCGCGUCAGGCGUUCAGUAGCAGCAGCAGUAGUAAAUCGGGUAGCAGUCGUUUGUCAAGUUAGCGCUGCGGUGGCUGUAGUAGCUGUAUCAAAAGCGUGCGCUAAAUAUUUGUCAUUGUCAUUAACGUCAGAGUAUUAAAUGUUAUCGGCUGUUGAAAAUUUUGGCCCGUUGGUCGGUCCGGCUGUUGCACUCUCUCACCAUCCCCAUGCCGCGACGCAUCAUCUUCAAGCCAUUCAACACCACCAGCAUCCCGCUCAACGUGGCUAUGCAGUGGACAUAGUUUCCGCCACAGCCGCUGAUGCCACUGUGCGCGUUACGGCUGCGCUAUCGCCACCCACGUCAGUUCCCUCUGCCGUCAACAUCACCACACAAGCUCCGCUCACACAUACACAGUUAACGCAAUUGAAUACGUUGCAAGCGCUCAAGUUGCACCACCAAAUUCAGCAACAGUACGAGCAACACCUGACAAAUUUCCUGAACGCCUCCUCCCAGUCUUCCACAAUAGCUGGCGUUACGGUGCUACCGCAUCGCCCACAGGCACCAGUGGGCGCGCUCAACGAAACAGACAUCUCAUUGGCGCAUAAGCAGCAGCAGCAACAACAAGAACAGCACCACUAUCACCUACAACAGCAACAGCAUAUGCGAGAACAACAGUCAAUCGGCGCUAAUUUGACACGCUCCUCAAAUGCGCCAAAGUAUAUGAACUCGGCGCGCGAUACCACCACAACAAUGAUGCCACUUACUGAAUUCACCCCACCACCAAAACUGAAACACGAACAACACACACAUACGCUUGAAAAUGGCCAAUCUGGCCCCAUAAAUCUGGUCACAAAUGCGAGCAAUGCUUACGCGGGCAAUGCGAAUUACCAAUUAGCCGCUAACACCAGCAGCAGCAGCAAUCCCGCAUCCAUCGACAAUAGUCGCCCGUCUUCCUCUUCCUCAUCCGUAGAUGUGGAGAAUGAUGAGAGCAUGUCACCUGUGAGUAGUAAUUCAGCGCAAGUCGGACGCAAGAUUUUAGAUCAUGCGACGUUGCUCGGUGGCGGAUCUGCCGCCAAACAGCCCACCUAUAGCGAAACCAGCGCUUCUUCUGCCGCUGCUGCGGUAGUAGCCGCCUAUCAAUACAACUAUUCUCAAAUUUAUGGGGGCGGUCGCCCAGCGGGCCUCUACAAUGCACCCAUUAUUUUUACAGCACCCAAUCCGCAUGUUUCACAACAUAUAGUUCAGCAUCCAAAUGCCGUGCAUGGCGCGCACGUGCCACCAGCCUACCUCGGUGCAAUGGGCACACAUUCACCAGCGAUUUCUCCUGAUGAAAGCGGUGUUUACCCCGCCGAAUACUUGAAAGCGCUGCAAAACGCAGUAGCGGCAGGAGUUUUUCAAGCGGCGCCACCCCAUUCAACGUCCGUUUUUCAAGCCUCACCGCUAGCCAAUAGCAAUUCCACGGCGUCUGCCGGUAUAACUAAGUCGAGAUUACGUAGCUCCGCUGCAGCAACUAUGUCGGCGCCAGUGACUGUUGCCUCACCGCCAGCCAAAGGCGAACAACGCACCGCGACGACGACAAAACUCUCCACGGGUACUUAUUUAUAUGAAAAAGCGAAAAGGUCACCACCUGAUAAGCCGGCGGAAACAGAAAAAUUCUUCAAGAUACCCAGCGGUAAAGAAGGUUCGCUAAAGCAUCGCAUACUCACAAGGCCGGCGAGUGUUGACAAGACUACCACGACGCCCGGGAAGACACCUGUUAUGCGCACUCACAACUCCACGUCGAGUUUCAAGAAGGGUUCAUAUAUUGAACUUUCGAAUGGUUCAUUGCGUCGUGUGGAGGAUAUGCGCACAGAGGACUUCAUACAAUGCGCUGAGCGCAGCCCAUAUCAUCAGUUAAUCGAGUCCACGGUGGUGAAAAUCAAUAAUAACUCGGCGUCGAAUAGUGUUGUCAUUGCAUUUAGUUACGAUCGGAAUCAAUCGAAGGUUGACAUGGAGGUAACCACCGAUCACCCGUUUUUUGUUUACGGCCAAGGUUGGGCAUCUUGCAAUCCCGAGUUAUCCCUUAAAGCUUACGGCUUGAAAUGUCAACGCUUACAAGUCGGCGACAUUUGCAUUUCCCUCACAAAACGAGAACCACCGAAUAUUAAUUUAAGCAACAACAAUAAAGGCAGUAAUAGUAAUAAGCACUUAUAUCCACAUGAAGCGGCCACAACGUGCCCAACAACAAACGAAACACAAUGUCUAGAACGCGAUCUCCAACCACUCAUACUCAGUGAAAAUGUAUAUACCACGCAUUUGAAACCCGCUAGCGCAUGCCCGCCCACCGCACAAUAUCCCAUACUGCGUAGCCCUCAUGGUACAAUGCAUUUCAUGCCACCACAUCUGAUUACCAAUGCAUCGAUACAUCCUGCCUAUGGAGCUACGGACGGCUAUGCGCGCUUCUCCUUUCCCACGUCGCAAGCGCAACCCUCACUACCCAUGCAUGCUACGCACACUCAACAUACGCACGAUACAACAGCCGCAGCAGCAUCACAGUCGCAGUCGUCGUUACCUCCAUCGAAUAACACCAGACCAGAGCAGCGCGAGCAGUUGACAUCAGCGUCGACGUCUGCAUCAGCGUCAGAACGGAAACGCCGUUGGUCGGCGCCAGAAAGUUUCUCCAAUAGUGAGGACGACGACGAUGACGGAGAAGCGGGCCACUAUGAACCGCCAUUGCGGCAAAAGUCCGCACCGACGGCAGCGGUGAGCUGCAAUUAUAAGCCUUAUAUGCCGACCAAUACGCCAAGUGCUGUGACGACAGCGACUGGUCAAUUUAACUGUGAUUUUUCAACAAACUACAAAUAGCAAAAGAUCUCAAUGUUCGUGUGGGAGUAUGUCAAGGUUAGGGUGUGUUGGGUUUGGGUACAGCACAGAAGCGGUAACAGAAUAACAGAAUAUUUUGCACAUACUUUUUAAUGCAUACACUUGUACACUACAUUUUGCGUACAAAUAGGCAUAAAAAGUAGUUCUUGACGUCACAACUUUGUACGCAGCUCCCCAAAUGUUUGCAUCUGCAUCGUCAGAUAUGUGUUUAAAGGCGUUUUCACCUCUUCCGCUGUUUACGCAUACUUUCGUCAGGGCUGUCAAAUUUCGUGUUGCUGAGUCAUACGUAAUCUUUGGAAAAUGAGUCUCUCUUACGCUAAAGCAUCUAAACCUUAGUUUCUUAUUAGCGUUGCUCCUCCAGCUGCUUUCAUUGUUGACUCUUCCACUUUGUCCCGAUUUCCAACAAUGUUUAAAUCAAAACUGCGCUGAUAUAUCGCACCCUAAAUACAAAAGGAUCACAACUCAAAAUGUCCCUUCUGCUCAAAUAUGAACGAGACGUUAUCAAUAAAACGGUCCGCGGAUGACAUAUGGCAAAAAUAAAUUUUUUGUUUUUUGGUAGGACUGUUAUAAGCUUACAUGGUAAAUUUCAGCGUGAUAUGUCACAUAGUUUGUUUUCUGUGCUACUGUUAACAAGUCAAGCUCGAGUGUGGAAAAUUUUGAGUUGUGACCCUUUUGUAUUUAGGGUACUAUAUAUGAAGGGAUGCCGGCCUCCAAGCUUUGUGAGCCAGUUUCUUAUAGGAAAUCACUUCCCAGUCCCGCCAUUCUAUAGGGAUGCCUAUAAUCGCUGUGUUCAUAUGUGCAUAUGCGGAACUAUCGCUAUAUACGUACAUUAUGUAUUUAAGUAUUUAUAUGUGUAUGCGAGCUGUCAGCUUUUCUUCAAGUGUUUCGUUAAUGCUAAGCAAAUUACUGUAAAAAUAGUUGUAUAUAUAUAUAUAGUUAGUUAUAAAACCCAUCAGGCGCGUACAUAUGUAGGCAUAUAUGUGUGUACAAUAUAUGAAUAUUCCAGGCGAUGUACAUAUAUGCAAUAUAUAUGUAUGUAAUACCAUGUCAGACUGUACAUUUGAAAUUAUAGCUAUUUGUAAAUGUAAUGUAAUUAUUAUUAUAAGCACAACUAAUAAUAUGUAUUUAUCAUAUGGGCGCAUAAAUGAUACACGACUACACACAAGCAUACAUACAUGUACUAUGUAAUUAAUGUAUUGUAUUUAAUGAAAAAUAUGUGUAUAGUCCUGCAAAAGUCACUGCAAUAAAGACUAAGUUUUAAAAUUAAA